GUCCUUGGGGGACUGAAUAACUCGGGCGCGGUCCGCAGUAUCGUCUCUAAUCUUCGUCGCCAACCCCCGACAACUCCCCGCCAUGAAGUCUCCUCUCUCCGUCGGCCAGAUGGCCGUGGCCCUGCUCUCCUUGACUCCCGCAGUCUCUGCGUUGGCAUGGCCAAGGUGGCUCCCAGAGCUCGACUCGUUAGUUGUCCGGCAAGAUGAUGGGUCAUCUCAAGAUGCCGAGUCUGCCGCGCCGACAGCGACCAACCCCCCCACAAACGAAGACGAUGAAGAGACGAAAGCGACAACUUCCCGCAAUCCCGCGGAUCCGAUCCAAACAAACCUCAACACGGGCGGCAUCAGCCAGACGGGAACCGAAACCGAACGAAUGACCGGCAACGGGACGCGCACGCGCGCGCCCAAGAAGACCCAAUUCGACCCGCAGGCCCCCGUCGGUGGCGUGGUGAUGGUGACGCCGGGGGUGUUCGACGGCACCCAGCUGUACAAGAUCGGGGACUACGUGACGUGGGGGUGGAACUACACCAACGUGCAGGCCACGCCGACGGCGAUCGACGUCUACGUCAAGUGCAGCAAGGUGCCGCAGCCGUGGACGCUGACGCAGAACAUGUCCUUCACCGACCCCGGCACCUACACCUGGGACACGGAGAAGUUCCAGAAGAGCAACGUCGCCAACCCGCUGCUGACGGAGCAAUACACCCUGGUGAUCGCCGACGCCGACGGCGGCAUCAGCGCCACGCCCGAGCCGGGAUACCUCGCUCCCUACUCCCUGUUCUUCUUUGGCCUGUACGAGAAGCAGGAGUAUCAUGACAACAACGAUGGAUACCAGUGCGCCUCGUGCAGCGGCGCCGGGUCCGGCAUGGACAACCGCGCGGUGGGCGCUGCGGUUGUCAUGAGCGCCGUGACCGUUCUCAGCUUUACCUGGUUUGUUUCUGGCUUUGGAGCGUUUCUUUGA